AUGGUCGCGCGCGAGAUGAGCCCGAGCUCCUCGGGGCUUCUGCUCCGGCGGCGCUCGGCGGCCCUGGGCGCUCAUUCUCCGCAGUCGCUGGGGGGGCGGGGACCACGGGGGGCGCCGCGCCGUGGGCUCGCCCGCCCCGCCGCCCCCUGCGUCGCCCCCGGGCCCGCCGCUCCGCCGCCCCGGCGCGCCGUCCGGUCCCCCAGGGCGAGUCCCCGGCGGCGCCCCGGGUCGGCCGCUCUGCGCCCCGCGGCCGGCCCUCCGCCGCCGAGCCUCCACCCCCGCGGCCGGCCGCCGGUGGUUCGGCCCGGCCCCGCCCCGGCGCGCGCGCACGUCAGCCAGACGCCGCCUGACGCAGCCCGACGCCGCCCGACGCUGCCCGACGCCUCCGUACGGCGCCGUACGCCAGCAGCGCAGUGCGCGGCGGCGGGGGCGGGCGGGCGCACGGCGCGAACGCAGAGGCGUCGUGAAUCCCGAACCGUGCGGCAGUGA